UCCAAAAUGGCGCUUUCCAGGGAGCCAAGAAAGACGUCGACUCGCAGCAGGCGCUUUGAUCCCGAGAAUGACGUCGACAUGGAGGAAAUAUUAAAAAUACUAGAAGCACCCGACUCUGAAUGCGACGUCAGUGAUGACGACGACGACAGCGACUUCCUUGAAGACCAAGGGGCGACGCCAGGUGAAAGUGACGGCGAGAGUAGCUCAGAUUCUGACAUCGACACAACAGAAAGAAUAAACAGCAGUGGUACGAAACAGGCUGCCAGUGGAAGAAAUUUGGAUGUGACAGCAGGCCACUGUAGUGGCACACUUGGAUGUCGUCCACCGAUUUGGAAGGCAGGCACAUUCAAGGCCAAGGAUGCUCCUAACUUCAGAAGAACUGACUACGUCCCUCCUGUUCGCACUCCUUUACAGUACCUCAUGGACUACUUUGACGACACUUUUUUUGAAAAUGCAGCGGAAAAGACCGCAAUGUACAGCCACACGAAAAAUGGCAAAGUACUCAACGUAACCCCAGCAAGAGUGAAGCAGUUGUUCGGCAUGCACAUACUAAUGGGGUGUGUCCCUCUACCCCAGAUUUCUAUGUAUUGGCAGAAUGGACUAAGGUUCGAGAUGAUCAGCAGUGUAAUGCCACGUGAGGAGUUCAAAGUGCUAAGGACGAAUUUGCAUUUUGUGGACACUGUGAAACCACCACCUGAUGCUCAGACCAACAAGCUGUGGAAAGUUCAGCCAGUUGUAGAAAGUGUAAGAAACCAGUGCCUGAGAUUGGAGAGGACGUCUUCGUGUUACUCAGUGGAUGAACAGAUGAUCCCUUUCACUGGAAGGACUGGACUUCGUCAGUACGUGCGCGGAAAGCCACGACCUGUUGGUCUCAAGAACUUCGUUAUUACAUCUUCAGAAGGUAUCGUCAUGGACUUCGAAAUUUAUCAGGGGAAGACAACACCACUGGCAGAUACAAAUCUCGGACUUGGGCCAAAUGUUGUUCUCAGACUUGUCAAUUCAAUUCCUGCUGGUGCAUUCAUCUACUUUGACAGAUAUUUUACAACCAUACCCCUGCUGGGAAAGCUAAGGGAAAUGAAUUUGGAAGGUACUGGUACUAUCAUGUGCAACAGGAUAAAAAACUGCAAGUUCAGAAACGAUAGCGCCUACAAGCAGGGUGACUUUGAAGAGUAUUGCAGUUCUGAUGGGAACCUUGUUUUAGUGAAGUGGAGGGACAGUAAAUGUGUCACGCUGGCCUCGUCUUGCACUGGUGGCCAGCCAACAGAGAAUGUGCAGAGAUGGAGCAAGUCUCAAAAGCAGUACGUUGAUGUUCCAUCGCCAGCUAUUGUUCGCAGCUACAAUGCAUCAAUGGGUGGUGUUGACAUCUGCGACCAUUUGAUUGAAUACUACCGGAUUUGGAUUAAAACACGAAAGUGGACACUGAAAGUUACGCUGCACCUUCUUGACCUGGCCGUCGUAAACUCUUGGCUCUGUUACAGGGCUGACUGUCGUGAGAAUGGAAUGAGGUUCCUGAGCCUUCUGAAUUUCCGAUUGAGCAUUGGUGAAGCUUUGGUAGCAACACCAAGGAAAAAGAGGACACCACUACAAGCUGAGGAAAACAUCGAAAAUGCGGCCAGCCCCUACAGACCUGCCAAGGUGCCUUGUAUCGACAAGCGACUGGAUGGAUUUGAACACUGGCCUGUAGCAGACGAUCUGCCGAGUGCUCGGUUCUGUAGAGUUCAAGGAUGCAAGGGCCGCACCCGUACAAGAUGCGAAAAAUGUAAUGUCUAUCUGUGUCUAACAAAAGAAAGAAAUUGUUUCAAGUUUUUCCACACAAAUAAAUGAGUGAGUUGGCAUACAUAAUGCCCAACCAACACAAAUGUGUG